AUGUUUAUCGAUAAAUUGAAAGAACUUUUAAUCAACAUCCCUUUGGUGGAAGCACUUGAACAAAUGCUCGGUUAUACAAAAUUCAUGAAAGACCUUGUGACUAAGAGGAGACAUUCUAGUUUUGAAACGGUGGGAGUUACACAUCAUUGUAGCUCUAUUGUGAAAAAAGCCUUGGUUCAAAAGAAGAAAGAUCCGGGAGCUUUCACCAUUCCUUGCACUAUUGAGAUGUACAAAUUUGCAAAAGCCUUAUGUGAUCUUGGAGCAAGCAUCAACCUGAUGCCGCUUGCUAUCUUUAAUAAGUUGGGUUUGGGCACUCCCCAACCUAAAACAAUGAGGUUGCUAAUGGCGGAUAGAACCGUGAAGAAAUUGUUGGACUUUGUGAUUUUGGAUUAUGAAGUUGAUUUUGAGGUACCCAUAAUCUUGGAAAGAUCUUUAUUAGCUACGGGGCGUGCUAUUGUAGAUGUGGAGAGGGGUGACCUAAAAUUUAGAAUUAAUGAUAAAGAGAUCACUUUCCAUAUUUGCAAGUCAAUGAAACAACCGGCAGAUAUGAGUGUUGUGUCGGUUAUUGAUAUAAUUGAUAAAGCCAUGGAGACAAUCGUUGAGCAUGAACAUAUGGGUGAGAUGUUGGCGGCGGUGAUAAUGCACUAUGAGGGGAAAAAUGAAGAAGAGUUCGAGGAGACGGUCUAA